CGAAUUAAAACAUAAUACAGAAUAAUUAAUCUGGCCAUAUCAAAUAAUUCGAUGGCGCGCUUUUCCCAAUGCGAACUGCGCUUCAGCCCUGCUCUACCCCACGCGUCAUCGGACACGCGCCGCCCCCAACCAGCGGGGCGGGGGCGGGUGUGCGCGGGCGCAGGUACUUAAAGCGGUUCCCGAUGCAGCCUUCGUCAGUCGCCUUUUGGUGUCAACUGGGACUACCGUGUCUUGUGUGUGAAUUGUGCGAUCCUGUAGUUACGAGUUUUCAAAAUCGUCGCAAUGGAAUUGGAAGUUAUGCACAACUUGCCUCUGAAGCAACGUGGCCGGCCUCGCGGGCAAAACCGCCCUCGUCUAUCCAAAGAGCAGCAGAAGGAGCGCAACAAAUAUUAUGAGCAACUGAGGCGCAAAGAAAUAAAGGAAAGGUGGACGGAGCUUGUCCAACUAAUAAACCCUGAAAAAAAGCUCCAGCCAAAAACCGAUCGCGAAGUCGCGAUUUACAUAGCGGGCUUGGAGGACGACGCCUCAGAUGCGGAGAAAGAAGUGGAACAACUGCGCGUUGACAACGCAGAGCUCCGCAAAAAAUUGAGGAGGUUGAAGGCAUCCCUCAGUAGGCAGGAGUCUCCUCCCAGGAAGCUGGGGCGGGCGGCGCCGGCGGGCGGCAGCGAGUGCGUGCCUGAAGCGAUUAUUGAGCAAGUGAUCCUUCUGGAGGAGGACACAACCACGGAAGUUGGUCCGAACGAUUUUCACCUCGAAUCCGUGGAACCGGCUGUCCAACCAAGUGAAAUCAACGUCCUCGCCCUACCUUCAUCAGCGGAGAAGAUGGAAGAGAACAAACCAGUUGCUCCAAACAAUAUUAUCACUGACACAAAAGUACGAGUUCAAUAUGAUUCCGGCAUCGACUCUCCGUCACGUCACGGAUCCACAGAAAUUCCAGAGAAUCUACUUGACGUGGAUUUACUUGACCUGAUUCCAUUAAUUGAAGGCGAAGAGGAGGCGCUCUUGGAAACCUGGGCGUCCAAUGAUAUACCAGAUCUGAUGGAUAUUGAAUUGGAACCUUCAGGCUUCAUUCUGCCUCCACCAGCCACCGUCGAUCUCCCCGAAGACCUUAUAAGUGAAGUCGAGAUGGAUCUGGCCGAGUGGGACCCGUUGCUGGCUUUGUCCCGCAGUACGACUUGAUAGUUGGAGCAGGAACUAGUCAGGUCAAAGUUUAUAUGCGCGUUUAGGGAAAUUCACUCCGGGGAACGUCAGGUACAUGCCGCUUCCCGGGGUGUUAGGUUAAUUUUUAUGUUAGUUUUAAAUACUAGAUAGGUAGCUGUUUGUAAUUAAGAUAGACUUAGCUGUAAAUUCGAUGUUAGAUUAAGUGUAUAAAAUAUUUGGUUAAUUUUUUAAUGGAUUUUAUACAAUAAUUUAUUUGUUAUUAAAACUUAUUUGUUGGAAUUGUA